AUUUACGAGGACACAGCUGUGCAUAACUUCUCUCUAGCUUGAUGUUCUUUCUGUGUGUUCUGGAUUCAGUCUCGGUAAGUUAUAAGCAAUAUUUUUCAAUAGUUUAGUAUAGCUUUAGGUAUUUAAACCAUAAAUUUAUGGUUUGAGAGUCAUUUCACUAUGAUAAAUACUGACGACCAAAUACUGUGUAAAGCUUCAAGUUUCAAGUCUUUCAGUUAUCACAGGCACCUGUAUUUGCAGAGAUGUUCUAUGUACCAAUGCAAAGGUGGAGAGUACCCUAUAGUGGACUCCUUGCCUCCAGCAAAACUUCAGUGGGCUUAAUAACAUUGGUAAUCAUGAUGAUGAAUGCUUUUUUAUCAGGUUAUUGAGAAUUGUUUAGAGUUGAAAAUCUUUUCAACAUAUUUGCACAGAAUGUCCACGUUUUAACAACUUCUAGGUUAGGUAAAUAUGGACAUUCAUGCAGCUGAUGUAAGUUAAUGAUUUCCAGAUUGUUCAUUUCUCCUCAAUCGAUACCUUUGUGUAGGAUUGACAUCAUAUGGUUUCAAACAUUAACAAUCAUUUGUACCACUGGCAACAGACUUUGAUCAAAUAUAAUGCAAUGAACAUUGCUUGGUAUAAAAUUCAAAUGUAGUGCUAUUUUUUCAAGUGUAAUUGUGGUAAUUUUCCAGGCCGCUGUAGUGGUUAUAGAAUUACAACACUAAGAAUGAUGGGGGUUUGGGUUGUUAAUCCCUCAUGUUUCCCCGUGGCUGCUGCAAGUUUUAUCAUCUUUGUGAUUGUGUCAAGAGUGAUCUCCCCAUAUGUGUCCUCCGUCCUGUCGGCAACGUAUCGAAACCUGUCUCCUGCCAGAAAAGUUGACUGGGAUUCCAGGUUUGUACUAUUGCAUCUUGACACACAAGGUCCUCCUUUUCAAGGUUGAGAUUUUGGACUUGUUGUUGGGGAUUACGUCUUCCGUCCAUGCUGUGAUUGUUAGCAGCUUGUGUGUGUACAGUCUCUUGUUUGAUUAUCCUAUCUAUGAGGAUAAAAUCUGGGGCCAUUCUAUCUUUGUGACAUCAAGCUGUGCAAUUGUAGUUGGUUACAUGUUUGCAGAUUUGGUUGUAAUGCUCGUGUUCUAUAGUUACAUAGGAGAUGUCUUCUACAUAUUUCAUCACCUGGCCUCCAUAAUACCAUAUACAAUUGUCAUGAUCUUCAGUGUCUUCAACUAUUUUGCCAACUUCCGAUUGAUGGCAGAGUUGUCCACUCCAUUCAUAAACAACAGGUGGCUUUUUGACAUCUUGGGGUAUCCCCGAUCAUCCAUUGCAUACGUCUCAAAUGGAUUGACAAUGUCAGUGGUCUUCUUCUUGGCACGGAUACUCAGUAUGCCAUUUUACUACUACCAAACGUACCAGAACUAUGGAACAGAGUCCUACAACGAGAUUGGCUGGGUGCAUUAUUCAUGCAUCAUUAUCUAUCCGUGUAUUGUGUUAGAUAUCAUCAAUAUAUUCUGGUUCUAUAAACUAGCUUUGGGUUGUAAAAAGGUCAUUAAAGGCCUUGUCAAUAAAGACAGUUCGAAACCUGAGAUGAAGAAGGAGUAACAGUUGUCCAGUUGGUUAUUAUCCCUUUGCUUUCAGUCAAACUAAGGUAAUGUGGACAUGAAAUAUGUGAACUCCUGGUUCUCAUUUAUAGCCAUAUAUCAGGUGAUAUUCUUAAUGGUGUCAUUGACUGAUCAAUCUUUAGUAAGGUUAAAUUGGUUUUGUCGUGCUUGUAAAGUUUUCUUUAAAGAUUGCUUGAAUUUAUUUCAAGUCCCUGUCUAUUAUAAAUUGCAUGAUUUUUAGUUUGAUACAUAUCAGCAAGCAUAGAAUAAUCUACAUGUAUGCUUGAUAUCAGUAUGAUCAUUCAAUAAAA